CACUGUUCACCUCCAAUUAUAGACAUAAUUAUUAGUCUUCCCGUAACAGCAGCUAGUUCCUGUUUUCCAGAGUCUCGUGGAUAAUUGUAGUAUUGUAAAAAUAUAUUUGCAGACCAGCAAUUGAAGUAGCUAUUAUAUAUAGCAAUAUGACACAAACAAACGAAGUUAGUAACCAUGGCUUGCCUCGUAACGGAACUGAUACAGCGUCUGUUGCUGCAUGGCAAGAGUCCGUAUUGGCUAUGACUAAUUACUUACCAACGGCAUGUCACACCUGCAAGCAGUAUAGUAUGAAGCUGUCAAGGUGUUCUGGGUGCAAAAUAUACUCGUACUGUACUUCCGAUCAUCAGGUAGCGCAUUGGGCAGAGCACAAAACAUUCUGCAAAGGCAUCCAGUUUCUACAAAAGCACAACCUUGUCCCCCUAGCGGAUGUGCCUCUGAUAGACGUAGCAGAGACGCCAGUAGACCCUCAUACACAAUCUCGUACGGGCAAUAGCCCGCAUGAGAGCCAAGGCGAAGCCUCUCCCCCACCACGUACAGAAGCAGAGUGGUGCGCGUUACGCUUUAAGCUGGCAGGUGCCAUGGAAGUGUAUCUGAAACGACCCUUGUUGCUACACGAACACCAGGCCUGCAUGUUUAUGAACCACUGCGAGAACUGCUUGCGAACUUACGCACAUAAAGUCGAGGCCAACAGCGACAGUACACCCCCAGGCGCACGUGCGGAUUUACGCUCGCUCACCAAGUGCGCUGAAUGCGAGAGUGUCUCUUAUUGCAGCGAUUCAUGCAGAGAGACCAGUUCAAGUCACCAUCAAAGGUGGUGUAGUGAGUAUGUACUGCUGAUGGAGCUUGAGCGGGUGGUGGCAGAGAAAGGCCUACCCCCGCCUUGGAUCCCUGAUCUUUUGGUGGAGAAAAGCGAAGGGCCUUUUGUCCUGCCUACGAAUUUCGAGGAGUAUCUGCAGACCAGGGAAUUCCCGGCCGGAAUCUUCACUCCCUCGCUACUAACGUUGUCACACGUGUAUAGCAGCCAAGCAAUGACAUAUCCGCUCACCAUUCUGUGGGCACUACAAAGGCUUGCGAGUGUAGCUAAUAAGGCGGACGCGCUAGUGGAACCGUACCAGCCUACGAAGAGCAGCUUAGUUCUGCAUUUGGUAGGAGCCAAUGCCCACAGCGAGGCUCUUCAUUCCGUUAAAUACGAGGAGUUGUUGCAUCUACUGCCGACGGUCACUUCUCUUACGGUUGUCUUGAUUGGACCACACGCACCCACUUGGACUGAUAGCGACGAUACAGAAUGUGAUAUGUGUGAUAGCUGUUUAUCCCGAAGCCGGCAUUUCCGACUGCGAUAUCGCCGCAUGGAGUACAACAAGUUUAUUGAGUCGGAAGGCACGGUUGAGUUUGGGAAGCCAGAUAUCAUUGUUGCCUACAAUUGCGGCUUCCACGAGUAUACAGGAAAAGAAGAGGACUCUUGGAAUCGGGCUAUGCCUUAUAUGCUAAAAAAGGAUGUGCCUUUGAUUGCCACGUCAUAUACCAAAUCGGAAUCGGUGGCGGACACCGAGUAUAUCCAGGCACACGGCGGGCAUGUAUCUGUUGCAUCGGAGAAAAAUCCUUUCUUCGGUCGCCAGCCAUUCCGGGACUGGAAACGGGAUGACGAUUGCGAUUUUUACUACUACAAUAACUACGUGGCCGUAUUCUCUGGUGAUAACUAAAAAAUAGUUUCUUCACGGCAUACAAAGUGAGCACGUAGAGAAAGCCGACAACGAGGACUUGUAUAGAAAGCGUAGUUUCAAAACACGCGUCACUAAAUUCCAAGGGCAUAUACACUACUAAUUUGUAUACAUUUGAGUGUAGGAGAGCUUGAACACUUCUGUUCACUGCGGCAAUACAAGCGCCUCUACGGUGUCAGCUACGAUGCAAUACACAUCUCUCCGUGAGUUGGUGUAUGCGGAUGAUUCUUCUGUUGUGAAUAAACACUGCGACGAGGAGUUUUGCGAAUCUUUCGCAGCUGCCAACAGGUAAAUGAAAAGACGUCGCACACAACUACUCUCUCUCUGUUGCUUUAGUAUCGAUGGAAAUGGACGUCUUAUGGCAGCGAAUGCAAAACAGAGCGCUGAUAGGCUGGUACAACGACUGCGUCACAUCAUUAACGUCACUCCCCAGGAAGUAUUGAGAGUAGCGGAUGGCACCCAUCUAAGUAUAAGAGAAGACAUAAGCUGUUAUUGUCCCAGCAGUGAUUAUGCUGUGAGCCUAAUGUAUCUAAUCGAGACCUGACGCCCAUUUUGGCUCGAGAGACAUGCUAGUACAUAUUGGGUAAAUAUGGCUGUAAAACUCACCACGACAAAUUAAAUGAGACCAGAUAUCUGGAUCUGGUAGCUGCUAUAUCCAGUCGCAGGUACUUUUCUGACCGCAAUUCAAUGGAGAAGAACCGAGAAGAAGUGUAGAUUUGCAUAGCAGCAUGCAAUCAUUUAUAAAAGUUUCAACGUGCGAUUGUUAACGUACCUUUCAGGCACCGCAGGCAUACAGGAGUGCUAUCUUUGAUUAAAAAUGCACAUAUUGUACGCGCGCGGGUUUCUGCUACACAU